GUGCCGGGCGGCCAGAAGUCAACGUGCGGGGCACCCAGGCGGGCCGAGUCACCGAGUUGAUGAGGAUCGCCUCCCGAGGGGGGCAGAACUCCAAGGCGCAUGUUUGCGAGGCGAUCAUCAAGACGUGCCGGGACAUCGCCGCCGCGCAGCAGAUCACCUUGGACGGGGAGUGCGAGGGCAACAGGGCGCCUCGCUGUGCCGUGGCGCGCGCCACCACCUCGAGCGCCCUAGACAGUGACGACGACGAGGACGUCUGGCCGGGCACCGUCGACUCCGUCCGUGUGCGAGCCGAGGCGCGCGCCAAGAAGGCGCGGCAGGCGAACGAGACCUCGGUGCGCCGCUGGACAGAGCAAGCCCUGCAGGGCUCCAUGAGCGAGGGGCGCCGGUACCUCAGCAAGCCCGAGCGCAAGGAGCUCGGCGAGGUCACCAUCGAUCCUGCUACUGGCACAGCUGCAGGGGACUUGCAAGAAGGUGCUAACUUACGGGCCUCAGCUUGGGGAGCACGGUGGCAACGGGACACUGAUUCUUCGGACCUGAAGCUGGCCAUGGACGAGCUCCGCGAGAAGGCCCACCAGGCGAACCACGCGCGCACCGAGUACACCUGCGGGGACCUGGACAAGGCGCUCAGGCAGUUCAAGGAGAAGAAGAAGACGGGGCGAGGAAGCGACCGGUGGGGGCCCGCGGAGAUCCUGGCCCUCCCGGCACCAGCGCGCCAGGACUUGGUUCACAUCAUCAACGAGUGCGAGAAGAGGCUGGCCUGGCCGUGCCUAUGCUACCACGUCUGGUACCAACUGCUGAAGAAGAACGAUCGCGUGGUAGCAGGGGAAGAGAGGGGAGCCACUGCCCGUGGGCUCUCCGUUGAAACCCGGGCCAGUCUCUUCUUGGAUCUGGAGAAGUUCUACGACAACAUCAGCCUCGCCUGGCUGAUCCACAAGGCCGUGGCCUUGGAGUGCCCUCCAGUUGAGCUGUGCAUGUGCUCCCUGAUGUACGUGGCGCCCCCCGCGCGGCACGUGCAGGAGGUGCCUGCGGUCCGCCAGUGGCGCCGUGCCACGGCAUCGUGGCAGGCUGCGCCCAUGCCAACAAAUCGGCCUUGGAGUUUGGCCAGCAGCCGGCCCCAUAAGGUGUGGCCCCGAGAGUGCAUGGGCGACAUCCAGAUCCGACCGGAGGGCCACGCCAGCAUCGCGGCACACCAACUGGCGACCAAUGCCGAGGCGAUCCCCACCCGCCGCGAGAACGACCAGCUGCCCAUCUCCAACAAUUCGGCCCUCCUGUCCACGUCGGCUGCCGUGAGGGAUGCGGUUGGCCAGGUGGCUGCGGAACACGGGCUCACCCUGGCCCGGGCCACCGUCAUGAAGGACUUGGGCUGCGACGCGGCCAUAGGGGGGCGCGGGCGGAAGGUCGCGCAGCGCAAGCGCGCCGCACUGGCCAGGCAACGCAAGCGCCGAGGCGCGCUGCGCUUGCGCGCGGCCCGCUGGAGACGGAGAGCUGCUAGCUUUUACCGCAUUCACAUCAGGGCCAAGCAGUGGCGCAAGCAGGCAGCCGUGGGGGCGACGCCCCCCGAGAUCCAGCGCACCCGAGCGGAGGCAGCGGACAUGGCGGGCAUCACUGCGGGCCACCGUUGCGCAGCGACCGUCCCCCAGGUCACCCAUGGCGACAAGGAACCGUGGAUGGCCAACGUCAUCAGGCCGGUCCGCGAGUGGAUCAAGAUGUGGCGAGGCAACGCCGACCUGCGCGACCACGUCCGCGGGGGCUGGCGCGCCGUCAGCGAGUGCCUGAGCAAGGUCACUAAGCAAGGGCGCUGGCAAGCAGCCGCUGGGCCCAUGGCCGCAAUGCAGCUCGCGCUCGGGCUCCUCGGUUGGGCGGCACCUGGGCCCGACCUCUGGGCCGACCGCGCGGGCGGCCAGUGGCGGAUCACCGGCGACGACUCUGCGGACCUCGCUGAGGUCGAGGCGGCUAUCAUGGAGGCCAAGGACUUCAAUGCGGGGCUGAUGUUCGUAGUCUGCAGGCGAGUGCCAGGCAUUUCCGCAAACUUGAACGACGCCAG